AGUUCUUUUACUUUCCCUCGGUUUCUGCUUCUUUUCGCAAAACAGGAAACAAGAGCGUCGUAAUAAUUACUCUCGUUUUGUUUACCGGGAAAAAAAAAAAUAUCAGUCUCGUUUUAAUUUCACCCAUCAUGUUCCCUCCUUCACUCCCAUUCAUUCCCAUUACUCUCUCUCUCUCUUGCAUCGUGGCAAAGUAAAACUCUCUCCUCACGAGACACUGGUUUCUCUCUCUCUCUCUCUCUCUUUCUCAACCAAGUUGUUUAAUAAAUAAUACUACUGCAAUGCAAUCUCUCUCUAUAUUUGUCCUUUUCUUUCUCUGAACGAGAAUGGCGAAGGAGCUUCUUCUGCAACUUCGUCUGCUGCUUCUUCUUCCCGAACAACGGUGUCGUUUUGCAGCUCCUCCGCCAAUCUUCUGCUUCGCAUUCUCCGCUUUGUGACUCCUCUUCCUUCUGCAUUUUCGAUCCCUCCGAUCCGUUCAACUUCAUCUUGCUUCUCACAUCCACCGACUCACUCAACUCAGGCCUUGAUUCGUCGCUUGUAACGCUUAUUUGGAUACAUGUUUCUGUUACUGCUUAAUUAUUGCAGAGCCUUGUGUUUUCGAGAAAUGUAGGGGUGGAAUUCUCUUACUAAAUUGAUGACAUGGAGCAGUAUGAAGUACUUGAGCAAAUUGGAAAAGGUGCUUUUGGUUCUGCUCUUCUUGUGAGGCACAAGCACGAGAAGAAAAAAUACGUGCUGAAGAAGAUUCGCCUUGCUCGUCAAACCGAGCGCUCUCGUAGAUCUGCACACCAGGAGAUGGAACUCAUUUCUAAAUUAAGAAAUCCAUUUAUUGUGGAGUACAAAGAUUCAUGGGUAGAAAAGGGUUGCUAUGUCUGCAUCAUUAUAGGUUAUUGUGAGGGAGGAGAUAUGGCGGAAGCUAUAAAGAAAGCUAAUGGUGUCCUAUUUCUGGAGGAGAAACUUUGUAAGUGGCUCGUUCAACUUCUUAUGGCUCUUGACUACUUGCACAUGAGCCACAUUCUUCACCGUGAUGUCAAGUGUUCAAAUAUCUUCCUAACAAAAGAUCGUGACAUACGUCUCGGUGAUUUUGGACUUGCCAAAAUGUUGACUUCAGAUGAUCUUGCUUCCUCCGUUGUGGGAACUCCUAGCUACAUGUGCCCUGAGCUCCUUGCUGAUAUACCUUAUGGUUCUAAAUCAGAUAUUUGGUCCUUGGGAUGUUGUAUAUAUGAAAUGACAGCGCAUAAGCCUGCAUUCAAAGCAUUUGAUAUACAAGCAUUGAUUAACAAGAUUAACAAGUCCAUAGUCGCUCCACUGCCAACAAAAUAUUCUAGUUCAUUUCGAGGUCUUGUUAAAAGUAUGCUGCGGAAAAAUCCAGAGCUUAGGCCCAGUGCUUCAGAGUUGCUUGGGCACCCUCAUCUUCAACCUUAUGUUCUUAAGGUCCAUCUCAAAAUCAAUAACCCCAGGCAAAGCACAUUGCCAGUUCAUUGGCCAGAAUCCAACUACAUGAAGAAAACUAGAUUUUUGUUGCCAGAAGAUGAUCCUGUUUCCAUCUAUAGGGAUAAGCGACAUUCUUUCAGCAAUGACCGGACACUAAAGCCUAGUGUAUCUGGAUUUGAUCAAGAUUCUGUAUGCUCCACCCUAGAAAUAGAUUGUACUCCUGACUAUUUGAAUCAAAGGUUAGCAGAACUACGUAUUGGAGAUAGCCAUGAAGUGAAGUCAAUCCAGAAGCCUGCUGUUUCCAGAACUUCUAGCUUUACUAAGACUCCAAGAUUCACUUCCUCAAAAGCCUCCACCACCAACAAGAAAUCAGUGGAAUCCUCAAAGAAUCGCAAGGCGCUUCCUCUUUCGCACAAUACCACAAAAUCUGCUAAUACUAGUCGCAGAGCAUCAUUUCCACUGCCAGCAAAGGGUGGUGUUCGGCAGCCUCCUUGUAGGCCCAACGUCAGUUUGCUUAGUCACGUAUCUUCACCAGAUAUCUCAGUCAAUUCUCCACGAAUUGAUAAGAUAGCUGAAUUCCCAUUAUCUUCAUAUGAAGAUUCUUUGUUUCCCAUCAAUAGAACAUCAUCCCGUGCACAAGGUUCCUCAGGCUUCGCAUCUCAUGGCAACAAUUCGACUGUGAUAGACAAAUGCACGGUAGAGGUAUAUGAUAGAGCCUCUAAGGCUGGUUGUAUGGAUGCUUGGCAGGGAAUCAAGCAGAGCAUGUUAAAGGAAAUUGAUGAGGAUAAAAGUGGUUCCUCUGAUCAAAAUGCAACAGCAGGUGCUUCAAGCCACACCUCUUCUGACUUGCGCCGUCGACAAUUUGAUCCAUCAUCAUUCCAGCAAAGGGCUGAAGCUUUAGAAGGGUUACUUGAAUUCAGUGCAAGAUUGCUACAGCAGGCAAGGUAUGAUGAACUAGGGGUUCUGUUGAAACCAUUUGGGCCUGGAAAGGUUUCCCCAAGGGAAACUGCUAUCUGGUUGAGUAAGAGCUUUAAAGAGAACACUUUUAACCCGGAAGAAUCCCUGUAAUCUGCUAUAAUGUUUACCGUAGUCAUUUUUAGUGUUCAGUGUUUUUUCUCACACGAGAGGACUUAGCCAGCUGAUUAUUUAGGUUAUAACAUUUUUUUCAUUUAGCCUUUUCUGUUUCCCUUCAAUGAAUAAUGAUAACUCAAAUUUUCAAAAUGAUCCAUGAAGCAGAUGAUAGACAUUUUCACGAUCCUAAUCCUUAUUACUCGCCACGAAAGGAAGCGAAGGUUGGUGUCUCAAAACCCUUUUUUUAUAUUCUUGUAUUUUGUUGGCGCUUUUCUUUGAUUGCAUAGACUAUACUCUACCUCAGUUAAAUUUGAAUGCAAAAGUGUCAGGUUUUGGCCUUGAAUGUAAAAAUUCAUAAAUGCAAUGACCAUAUUAAUGA